CCGCCCGCUCCUCGGUUUGCGGCAGAACCGCUCAAUCUGAGUAAGACAAGAACAAGCCUGCCUUGUGAUGGUGCACUACAGCACGCUCUUGCACGCUCGCAUCGCACCACCAACCUAGUAGACAGCAUGUCUUGAACCAGAAAUCCGCCCCGUUUCCGCUCGGUGCAGCUCUCGACCGGCCAAGCUGCCAAGUCCAGACAGUUCUUCCGACCACCCCGUCUCCCAUUAUUGUUUGAGAUAAAGGCAAGGUCAGCUGUCAGAUCUGUACUUCUAGCCUCCCCCAGCUCCAGCUCCAAACAUCCCACCACCCCACAAAGAGGCGAGAGUCUCUUGUUAUCCUCAAAAUGGGCAUCAUCGAGAGGAUCGUCCGGAAUGAGGCUGUCAAGAAUGACCCCAAGGAGAUCUACAAUUGGAGAGUGUUCGUGGUCUGCGCAUCAGCAUGUUUCGGCGGGAUGCUUUUCGGUAUGGAUACGGGCAUCAUCGGUGGCGUCCUAAAACUCGAUCCUUUCCGAGCGAAAUACAACCUCCCUAAGGCCAGCCAGAACAAAACCCUUUCCGCAAAUCUGGAAGCCAACAUCGUGUCGACGCUCCAAGCAGGAUGUUUCGUCGGUGCGCUCGUAGCCGGAUAUAUUGCCGAUAAGCUUGGUCGUAGAAUGGGUCUAAUGAUUGCGGCUGUAUUCGCGAUUAUUGGCUCUGUCAUGCAAGCUUCUGCGGAAGGCCACUUUCCCGUCAUGUAUAUUGGGAGAUUCAUUGCGGGAAUUGGGGUUGGAGCUGCUUCGAUGAUUACGCCUCUUUAUACUUCGGAGAAUGCGCCCAGGGCUAUUCGAGGAGCGCUUACCGGCAUGUACCAGUUCUUUAUUGUUACUGGUAUUUGCAUCGCAUUCUGGAUCAAUUACGGCAUGCUUCUGCACUCCCAUGGCACAGUCCAAUACGUCGUCCCGCUCGCCCUCCAAGCACUUCCAGCCAUCAUUCUCCUCUUCGCUAUGUUCAUUGGCAAGGAGACUCCUCGUUGGCUUGCAAAGCAAGACCGCUGGGACGAAGCCGCCACAAUCCUCUCCCGAGUCCGCAACCUCCCUCAAUCCCACCCAUACGUCCAAGAUGAGCUCCAAGACAUGUCCGCCCAGCUCGAAUACGAACGCCGCCUGAUCGCGGGCUCAAGUCUCAAGGAUCUUCUCAAGGAGAUGGUUACCAUCCCUGGCAACAGGAAGCGAGCAUUGAUUACUGUCGGUUUGAUGAUUUGCCAACAGAUGACAGGAACGAAUGCGAUCAACUAUUACGCUCCUCAAAUCUUCACGAACUUGGGCUUGACAGGCACCGCACCAUCUCUCUUCGCAACCGGCGUCUAUGGCGUCCUGAAGAUGGUCGGCUGCGCACUUUUCCUCGCCCUAGCCGCAGAUUCCCUUGGUCGCCGACGAAGUCUGCUGUGGACUUCGAUUGCCCAGGGCACUUGCAUGUACUACAUUGGCAUCUACAUUCGCAUUGACCCGCCCAGAGCUGGAGCUGACGUGCCACCCGCCGGAUAUGCGGCUAUUGUGGCAAUCUACCUCUUCGCAGUUUUCUUCCAAUUCGGAUGGGGACCGGUAUGCUGGAUCUACGUCAGUGAAAUCCCGACCGCACGACUCCGGGCCCUGAACGUCUCCCUCGGUGCAGCGACGCAAUGGCUCUUCAACUUCGUCGUUGCAAGAGCCACGCCGAACAUGAUCGCUACCGUCGGCAGAGGAGGAUAUGGAGCAUAUUUCAUCUACGGCUCAUUUUGCUUCUGCAUGUUCAUCUUCACCUGGUUCCUAAUCCCAGAAACCAAAGGCAUCUCGCUCGAGAAAAUGGAUGAGCUCUUCGGUGCCGUGCCAGACGGCAAGAUGAUAGAUGAGGAAGGUAGUGCUCGCAAUUAUGCGGAUCCGGCUCCGACGGCCGAGAAGGGAGGAGGCAAUGUUGAGAUUCAGCAGGUGGAGAAACGCCAGAAUGAUAAUCAGGCUGAGAGCAGAGGUAUCCCUUUGAUUGACUCGUUGGCUGUUGGGGUGAAUCGGCAAAGCUAGGAUUUUAAUCUACUUCGUAUGCAAAAUUCUGUCAUCAGUGCGUACUUGGAUUAUGC